AUGAGUGAAAUAACAGAUCCAUCAACUUACAAUAAACGAGAUCUUUUGCUCGUGUUACAAUUACUUCAUACUGAAGGGUUGAUAGAUCCAUCAGCUAUAAAUGCCAAACCAUCGAUUUUGAAAGAUAUUUCAUAUAAUUGGUUCAAUCAUAAAAGUACAAAGUUAUCUAUGAUGAAUGGGUUAGAUAUAGGAAAACAAUGGACUAUAGGUCAAUUAGUGGAAUUAUACAAUAACUUAUUAGCAGAAUAUCCCAAUUGUUCUAAUACCACAGAUUUGGCUAAUACUAUAUAUGCAGAAAGAGUAGAAGAAUUAGAGAGGAAGUUAGAAGAUAGCCAACAACAAUUUGAAGACUUGAUUAAUGAAUAG